GGUAAUAGAACCAGCCAGCUGCUGUUUCCGUGCACAGUGAAAGCCCAGCCCUUUUGAGUGUCAAUCAAAUGUUCCCGACGUUCAGGACGCGGAAGUCAAGAGGAGAUUGGGUUACCUCGUCUCAGUUUUGCUUUAAUGUUUGCUGUUUGCUCCUGUGUUAGAAGCGUGCUUUUUGUUCUGAGUAUAUUCGUGUAAAGGUUCUUGGUCUGGUGCAAUAACACGAGAGUACACCAAGUAGGCUUUCCUGAAGAUUUAGAAGAUUGUGGCAGCUUGCAGAAAACUAUCCCAGAAUGCGUAGCUUCUGGUACAUCUUGAUGUUUGUAUCAGGAUUCCUUGAGUGCCAUUGCAAUAAUACAACAAGCAGCUCUGAGGUUAGAUUGCUUCUUGUGUCCUUUGAUGGAUUCAGGGCUGACUAUCUUGAGCGAUACAGCUUUCCAAAUCUGAAGAAAAUGAUUGAUGAUGGAGCGCAUGUGAAGCAUGUAACAAAUGUGUUUGUUACUAAAACGUUCCCUAAUCACUAUUCCAUCGUCACAGGCCGCUAUGCAGAAAGCCACGGUAUUGUGGCCAAUUUAAUGUAUGAUGCAGCCACCAAAAAGAAUUUUUCGGUCUUCGCAGAUAAAGAUCCAUUUUGGUGGAAUGAGGCUACACCGAUUUGGGUAACUAAUCAGCAACAAGGGCACAAGAGUGGUGGAGUGAUGUGGCCUGGUACUGAUGUGUCCAUACAAAAUACAACUCCUUCCUACUACUUGAAAUAUGACCGCAAUGUCACAUUCAAUAAGAGAGUUGACCACAUUAUAAAAUGGUUUUCCAACUCAACAGAACCCAUUAAUUUUGGUGCAUUGUACUGGGAGGAGCCUGAUUCCACUGGACACCGUUAUGGACCCGAAAGUCAAGAGAUAAUCAAAAUGUUGAAGGAAGUGGAUGAUCACAUUGGCUAUUUAAUUGAUCAACUUCAAAAGACUGGACUCUGGAACACAAUUAAUGUGAUUCUCACCAGCGAUCAUGGGAUGGCUCAAUGUUCUAAAGACAGAGUUAUAGAACUCGAUAAAUGUAUUGGACGUGGUAACUACACAGAGGUGACUCAUUCUCCAGUAACAGCUAUAUUGCCCCUUAAAAACACAAGUUACGUGUACAAGUUGUUAUUGAACUGUGACAGUCACAUGAAGGUAUAUUUAAAAGAAGAUAUUCCAGACCGUUUUCACUACAAACACAAUGAAAGAAUUCAACCAAUUCUUCUUGUUGCUGAUGAAGGGUGGACAAUUGUUCAGAAUGGAUCAAUCAUCCAGUUGGGUGACCAUGGUUAUGAUAAUGCUUUACCCAGCAUGCAUCCUCUUAUGGUAGCUCAUGGACCAGCAUUUCGAAAGGCUUACAAAACCAACACCAUUAACAGUGUUGAUAUCUACCCAUUAAUGUGCCGCAUCCUGAGAUUGAAGGAGGAGUCUAACAAUGGAACCUUUGCAAAUGUGAGAUGUUUGUUGGCUAAUGAGAUAUGUGUGAGCCUACCAGAUGUAAUUGGAAUUGUGAUUGGCUCCUUAAUGGUAUUGGUAACAUUGUCCUGCCUUAUAAUUCUAAUGAAAAAGCGAAUUUCACCGCAGCAUGAAUUUGCUCGUCUCCAGUUGCAAGAUGACGAUGAUGAUGAUCCUUUAAUAGGGUAGUUUUAAGCCUACCAGUGUGAAAAGCUGGUACUAAAAUGUAAAUAAAAACCGAAAGAACUGCAGAUGCUGUAAAUCAGGAACAAAAACAAAGUUGCUGGAAAAACUCAGCAGGUCUGGCAGCAUCUGAGAAGGAGAAAGCAGAAUUAAUGUUUUGGAUCCGGUGUCCCUUCCUUAGGAGGAAGUGUCACCGGACCCGAAACGUUAACUCUGUUUUCUCCUUCACAGAUGCUGCCAGACCUGCUGAGCUUUUCCAGCAACUUUGUUUUUGGUACAAAAAUGUAUUUAUUUUAGUGUGGCAGCAGGGAAAGUGCUUUAUUUUUAGAGAUAUUCGCAAUAGAAUUAUUUUGUCUUUCCAUUAUCCAAGUACCUCUGAACUGCAGGCCCCGUUAACUUGCAUGCUGUACUAGUGAAAUCUCUCAAGUAACAACGAUUAAACUGCUCCUAACAAUGGUUGUUAUCAGAAGUUAGUCUGAAAUAAUGAGAUUCAUAAAUCUGUUCUUGUCCAUACUAAUAUCUACCACAUUUAAAGAGAUUACAUUUAGUUAUACCCCAUUUGUACUGAUUUUUUUUUCCUGAAGUGAACUCUGUAAAGUUCCCAUGCAUUUGGGUUUGCAAGUGACUGUACGCAGAUCAAACCCACAAGGCAGUUUAUAGUAGGUUAGAAGUGAUAUGUUGGAAAGCCGUUCAAAUGAAGCAAAAAUAAAAUGAGAAAUCUCGUGGAUUAUCUACACCUGCAGUCAAUACAAAAAUAAUUCUCAUGAACUGAGAUGGAGUUGAUUAUAGCAGAUCUGUUAGGAAUGUUUGGAAAUUUAUUUCUCACAAUUAAAAGUUGGGGUAACAUGCGAUUGUGUGUUUGAGUUCUAUAAUUCAGAAUACUAAUAAAUUUGAGAAACUGUAGACGGUGCAAUCCUAAAAAGCCAAAAACUGAGAGUGCAUUGAAAAUGCAAAUGUGUGUAUAUUUAGAUGAGAUUAUUUGUCAGUGCAUUAACCCUAUUAUAGCAAUAAGGUUUCAUGACACACUUGGUUUAGUUAGUACUUAAAUGUUAAUGAAAAAAAAAUGUAGAUUGGAUUUAAUCAUACUUUUAGGUUUUGCAGUGACAUUUAUCAAAAUUCCAGAUGCCACUGAUUUAGAAAGAAAUGAUGGAGCCUGAUGACCACAAAAUGCAAUGUCUUUAACAGUUUUAUUAAAAGAAAUGAAGUACAGGAUCAAUAUAAACAAAGGAAAAGUGAAUAUAAAUAGAUUAGUUAGAAAGUGCAGAAAGGAGGACAAGCCUUUAAAUAUUUUGGAGAAUAAUGCUGUAAAAUAACGUCAGCAUUUGAGGUACUUGCAUACUCUAACGCUAUGGUUUGCUUCAGUGUGACAGUGCAUUCAGUCGUUUGUUUUGAGGUUGGUUCUGGAUCUGCUGGCAGUCAAGGAGCCAAAGGACUGAAUUUUGAAAACAUUAUCUGCGUAUUUACAAAAUUAUUGAAGUAGUUUGUUGGGAAAUAGGCAUGUAAAUGUUAGGACUAAACUAUGAUUUAAACAGGUUAUAUUUUGGAGGUGAAGCUUUAUAGAAUUUAUAAGGGGGGAUGGGGUGAAAUGGACUAGCAUUUUAGGACUUAGUAAAAACUUUAACUGAAAAAGCGGUAAAUAUUUAUUUUGGCGAUUUUAAUUUAAAGAUUUUAUUCAUGUUAACUGUUCUGAAGAUAGCUUAUUUUGAAAAGAGCAUUGUGAACACUUACCACUAAUUUAUCACUUUUCUUUGUUGCUAACUCAGUCAACCACUAUGACAAUAAGAAUUAAUAUUUCCAAUGCUUGCAAUAUGACAACAGUUUGAUAGAAUUGUAAUGAUCCAGAGGAAAUAGGUUUUUUAAAAAAAAAUCUCCAAUUUGUACUUUAAUGGUCUACAAUACCCGCGUCCUUGAAGUUAUGAACAUGGUAUCUCAUGACAACUCAAAUGGAUGUUGACUGUACCCAUAAUUCAAUUCUCCUGUACUUGGUCAAUAUUGUUCUAGUUCUGUUUAUGUCAAGUAUGAGUCAGCAAACAAGUGCAUUUAAUUACAUGACUUUAUAUAGUUAAAGCAAGAGGAAUCAUACAGAAUAUAUUCUUUUACUUCGUACACUGGAGAUUGGAAUCUUGUGCAGGUGACAGUGGUCUUAAAGGCUGCUAGACAAUUGGUGAGAACCCUAUGUUACCUCUUUUUGGAAAGGCUCACCACAUCUUGUUCUGCAUCGAGACACUCAACAGGCCAGCAGUUCAAACUCUAGGGAUCAAAAACUCUGGGGCAGAGAGCUGCCUGUCUGAUAAUCAUCUCCGAUCGUCACUGGAUCCCAGACUAUUGUUGGUGACUUGUGAGGGAAGUGGUGCUGUGGGUGAAAGGAAUAGCUCACAAUGAGCCCUGCAAAGUUCCUCUGACUGCCUUUAAAUGAGGAUACCCUACCAGAAGCUAGCAAGUUUACUUGCCAUGUCUCACCAACUGGGGAACACAUGUCCCUGCAGAGUUACAACCAAGUGGCAGGGGGAUGAGGCUUUUAAAUAGGCAUUAAUGGGUUUUCCUGCCAUGGGCUGAAUUUGAGUGGAGGCAGAAGUUUGUAGAGUCACCACAUGCUAACUUCCCAACUUCCUGCCUGAUCAAAUCCCACCCUGCCUCUCUCUCUCACACACACAAACAACUAAACAUGUUACAGGAUGGGACAAGAUUCUAUCAAAUAUAAUAAAUGUAUAUAUCUCAUUUCUGAAUCCAGCACAGCAUAGGAAGUGGUCCCAAAACAUUUACACUCCAUUUGCAUCUUUUUCAACCACCUAGUUUUAUAAGAGGAACUUGUGUGGGUAACAGUAAAGUAAAGAUGAUUUUUGACACCAGCGUUGAUGUGGCAACAAGAUGCAAACAGUAUUUAUUGUUAAUACGUUAAUUGUAUGUAUUAAUGAGCUGUUAAAGGCAAUAUGGUAUAAAUUUUAGAUGUUAACUUUUUUUAACUGCUUGGAUUAUAUUAUUCUUUAAACAUCUUGAGCAUUUAAAGUUUCUUUUUAAAUAAUUUAAUGCAAAAUGUUAACUUCAUGCAUUUAUGCUAGCUAAUGAGAGAAUUCUUAACAAGUUUCAAACAAAAAAGUACUGGUAAACUUGCCAAACAAGAAAAUAGGAAAUAAUUCACCUCAGUAAAAUCAAAUUAGAAGUCAGCCUGUUAAGUAGCAAGCAUUUUCCAGGAACAGCACUCCCGUUGUAUAUUCGAUUGACAGCUUAAACUUUGCAAUAGAAACAAAGUUAGAAGUUCAAUUGUACUAGAUAUGUGACUCCAAGGAAAGAAAAUGGGAGUUUACUUCUUGAAAUUUUCCUCUUCUUUUUUACUUGAAUGUAGUUGUAAACUCCAUGUAGAAGUGUGAGGUAAGCCACCCAAAAACAUUAAUCCUCUAGUGCUAAAGGUGUAGUGACAAAUAUUGGAACUCAUUCAUUAUCUCAGUUCCAACUUAAUCUCAAGCCUUUCAUCUACUGAUUGAAGACAUUUAAAGCCAAAGCCUAUUAUUUUUAUUUAACAUAAAAGAAAAUAAAUGAGAAGUUGCAUUAAAAGUUCACAAAAUGAAAAAAUACAAGAUAGUAACUAAUGAAGAAAAUGGAAUUAAAGGAAAUACAAUGAUCAGAAGUAAUUGCUUUAGUGUUCAGUAUGAGCGUAAUAUGUUACAAAUAUUCAAAAGUAGGCAAGUUCUUCCGGGGUGUUGGCCAAUUAUUUACUCGUCAGCAACUGCCUAAAACAUGUACUAUUCAUUUUAUGGUUGUGGGAGCUUGUGCACAAAUAAGCUGUCAUGAUUCUUGUAUUACGGAAUUGACUACACUUCAAAUUAAUUUAAUUGCUUUAAAGUGCUUUACAGUUUUGAGAGAUCAUGAAUGGCACUAUGUAAAUGGAAGUAACAAAAUAAUAAAAAAAAAGCUCUUCAGCUGUUUGUAUAUCAAUCCCAUUACUUUUCAAAAAUUACACUUAUAAAUUAAGUAUGGCUUAUUAAUGUUACUAGAAAUAAUUCCACAGCUAAUUUAAUGGCAUUGUUCCAAUCUUCCACUUCCCUCUUGUGCCAACAUAUUAAUACAAUAUGAUCAUGUUCUACAUGAGGUCUGUAAUUGUUCAACAUAAAACAACCUGAUAGUUGCAUCAUUCACCAAUCAUGUUAUACUUGGAGAUGUUUGGUAUAAGCUGUGCAAACAAUAUUGUACUUAAUAAGGAAUCAGUUAGUUAGUUUAUUUCAUUUUGAUGGUCAUUUGUAGAGCACUCAAACUUCCCAUCCAACAAAAACUGCUGUAUAAGUUGAGAAAACAAAAUGAGCACAACCCUGAAACAUUAAACCUGCCCUCCAUUACUUACAGAAUGUCAAAA